AUCACAAUUAGACGAGUAAUUAACCAGUGAACAACAAUCAACAUUGAUACUUGAAUAAGUUAAUUGUUUCCAAUCAAAGGUUUUCAAUUUUUAUUUCAUUUCUUUUUUACCUUAAUGAAUCUCUUUAUUAAUUGAUUUUUUUUAGAUUGUUAAAUUACAAUUAUUAGUAUUUUAGAUUGAUUUUAACACGAAUCAUCAAUGAUUAGAGUGAAACAAUUAAGUUUACUUAGUAUAAUCUAUUGGUUAUUAAACCAAUCAAUUGGAUCUGAAUCAUUACCCGUUCCCUUGACGCUAUCACCAAAUCCAGAUCAACCAUUGGCUUUGUACAAUCAGAUUAAAAUUGAAUCAAUAUCUUCAUUGGACACAACUCAGGCCACUUUUGAUGUCGAUCUGUUUCUUAUUCAAAAUUGGUACUUAAAUGAAUCAGUUUGCUUACAUUACACAAAAUUACACGAUAACUAUCAAUUCAGAGCCCCGCUAAUUGCUAACGACGAUGAUUUAACCAUAAUUGAAUCUGAUCUAUUGUCGCAAAUUUGGUUACCACGAACUCAUAUUUCUCAAGUGAAAACGCCAAUCAAUCCAUCAUCAAGCUACUUCACCGAUGGAUUCAUAACAAUUUACCCUAAAUCACAGGUUAAUCAAUGUAUGAUUAAGUUCCUCAAACGGAUAUUAAUUAAGGUCGAAUGUGAUCUUGACUUUCGCCGUUAUCCUCGAGAUACUCAAAACUGUCCAAUCGAUUUUACUUCAGCUUUCUGGUCAAUGUCAACUUUAAAUUAUUUUUGGACAGAAAAUCCAAUUGAUAUUAAUCCAAUUAACUUGGAGCAAAAUGAUUAUUCAAUUAGUUUAACUACUUCAUCUAAAAUAGCAACUUCAUAUGAUGGACAAAAUCGAACUUGGUUAACAUUGCAAUUUACAUUUCGACGGAAAUUAGGACAUUUUAUCCUCGAGAUAAUAAUUCCCUCAAUAUUCAUAAUAAUCUCAGCAUUUUUUUCAUUUUUCAUCGCGAUCGAAACUGGAUCAGGACGAUUCGCCUUCAGCGCUCGACCAUUAUUCAAUUUAAUUGUCCUUUACAGUAGUUACAAAACCUACUUACCGCCACUUUCUUACGUCAAUGCUGGCGAUGUUUGGAUGUUAGCUAAUCUUUUCUUUGGGUUCAUCGCAAUGUCCGGUGUUGUUUUCUGUGUCCAUCUUUGGCAAAAGCAAGAAAUUAAACCAACCAAUUUAGGAAAUAGUUCACAAUCAACUUUAAUUGUCAGUAAUUUAACUCAUCCACCAAUCAAUGGAAUUGCUAAUCGUCGACGAACCCAAUUAGCAAGAUCAUUCACAAUCGAUGGUUUCGUCAAUAACAACAAUCUAAUUAAAUGUAAUUGUCAUCGAUGUCGCAAAAUUUUCAUAUUGAAAUAUUUUCACUUCUCAAAAUGUUUAAUUAAUCCUAAUCAAAUUAGUCUAAUGACUCGAGCUAAAUAUGAUAAUCUAAUGAAAAUCGUUUAUCCAAUUAGUUUUAUAACAUUUAACAUCUUCUACUGGAUUUAUCUCCUUAAUUCAGACCAAUAAACUAAUUACUUUCCUAACAA